GCUUGUCAAAAAUUCUGUAACUUUUCAUUAUUUUGUUAUUUCUCAGUACCUAAAUAGACUAUAAAUAUUAAAAUCUUUGUUUAUUCAAUGGCGUUUACGACUAAAGACGUGAUCCUCUCGGCGGAUCAUCCGAAAUCUUUGCUGCUGCAGAAGCAUUCCGAUUAUUUAGCUAGCUAUGGUCUGAACAAAGAUGACUAUGAAUAUUGUAUGACUGAAUAUCUUCGAAUGUCUGGGAUUUAUUGGAGUUUGACCGCUAUGGAACUCAUGGGGCAGUCUUCAAGGAUGCCGAAAGAAGAUAUCAUAGAAUUCAUCAAGUCAUGUCAGGACAGUGAGAGUGGAGGCAUAUCUGCCAGUAUUGGUCACGAUCCUCACAUGUUGUAUACCUUGAGCGCUGUACAGGUAUUGGCCAUGUAUGACAGACUAGAUGCGAUAGAUGUGGAUGGUGUAGUCAGAUUUGUAGCUUCAAUGCAACAAGAAGACGGCAGCUUUUUUGGUGAUAAAUGGGGUGAAGUGGACACAAGGUUUUCAUUCUGCGCUGUAAACUGUCUCUCAUUGCUCCAGAGACUUGAUGCAAUCAAUGUCAACAAGGCUGUUGAUUUUGUACUCAGUUGUAUGAAUUUUGAUGGCGGCUUUGGAUCCAAACCUGGCUCGGAAAGUCAUGCUGGUUUAAUAUACUGCUGUGUGGGAACCUUGUCAAUAUGUAAGCGACUGGACGCGUUACACGCCGACGAAUUGGCGUGGUGGCUGUGUGAGCGGCAGUUGCCUAGCGGUGGGCUCAACGGCCGCCCUGAGAAACUACCUGACUUGUGUUACUCUUGGUGGGUGAUGUCAUCACUGUCUAUACUGAACAGGAUACACUGGGUAGAUAAGAAGAGUCUAGAACAAUUCAUCUUAGCAUGUCAAGAUGCUGAAACUGGAGGCUUUAGUGACAGGCCUGGGGACAUGCCCGAUCCAUUCCACACACUCUUCGGUCUAGCAGGCUUAUCGCUCUUAGGAAAUACUAGCAUUAAACCAGUCAAUCCUAUCUACUGUAUGCCACAAGAAACAAUAGACAGACUAAAGUUAGAACCACAAAUCCUUCACAUAUAAUUUAAGAAAAAAUGUGAUUUUUCAAUCUAUGUUUUUAUUGAAAACACUACAAUAUAUUUAUUUCAAUCA